CCAAUCUGUCGGAAGGGGGCGUGUGCCAGGUGUACAGAGGAGCAACCUGUUCAGAGUACAUCGCCAAUAAAACCGUUUACUUCAAAUCUCUCCGAAGCCAAGGGUUUUUAGAAGAAAAGCUAGCUGCGGCGUUCACUGUCAUCGCCACUUCUCAUGACGUCUCUGUUCAGUGUCAACAUUUUGCCUUCCCCUCCUUUUGCCACUUCGCUUUCCCCCUCUGCGACGGAAGUUCUCCCGUCCCAAAACCCAGACAGGUGUGUCGCGACGAGUGCGAGGUGUUGGAAUAUAAAAUGUGCAGCCUGGAGUAUUCCAUUGCCAAGCGUCAUCCUUUGAUUGGCCAACAAAAUAUUCUACCCGUGUGUGCGGAUCUGCCACCUAUCGGGUCUGUGGAGAGUCAAAAAUGUGUACGGUUAGGAGUCCCCAACGCUGUACAAGUGAAUCCGAAACAUACUUGCUACGUUGGUAAAGGUGAGGACUAUCGAGGGACACGCGCUCACACAGCUUCUGGACUCGCUUGCCAACAUUGGAGUCAUCAGAUUUUCUACCAGUCAUCAGACUACCCAGAGUUGACCGGUGGCCACAAUUUCUGUCGCAAUCCAGGGGGGACAGAGAACCAACCUUGGUGUUUCACGGCAGAUUCCGAGACUCAUAGGGAGCUUUGUGAUAUUCCUAAAUGUGACUACACGUGGCUGUAUAUCUUCUUCCCUACAACUGCUGUUGUGAUAUUUCUGGGCUUGGCUGUUGGUGUUUGGUGUAUGAAACGACGUUCUAAUCAUCCUCCGGCUUCCAGUAAACUAUCCAAGAUGGCCGAUUGUCCUCCUAGUCAACAAGACCACAACCAGAGAGUGGAAAUGAAUUCUUUGCUGUUAAAGUCCAAGCUAAGAGUUCCCGAGUUUCCACUGACCUCUGUUCAUUUUCUCCAGCAAUUAGGAGAAGGAGCCUUCGGCAAAGUCUAUAGAGGCGAACUGCUAGGGAUCCACGGGCCUGGAUCAGCUGCUUUGGUAGCUAUUAAGACACUCAAAGAAAAUUCCACUUUCAAAACGCAGCAGGACUUCCGGCGAGAAGCAGAAAUGAUGUCAGCUCUUCACCACCCUAACAUUGUGGGUCUGUUGGGUGUUUGUUUUCAAGAAGAACCAUUAUGUAUGUUGUUUGAAUACAUGACAAAAGGUGACCUUCACGAAUAUUUAAUCUCGCAUUGCCCUCUCGCUGACAUUUCUAUAAAUGGAGAGAAAAUAACUCAACAACUUUUGGAGCUUCCAGAUUUACUCCAUAUUUCUCGCCAGGUGGCAGGUGGAAUGGAAUUUCUGUCAGGCCAUCAUUACGUCCAUCGGGAUCUGGCCACUCGUAACUGUUUGGUUGAUGAAGGACUUACAGUGAAGAUUUCCGAUUUUGGUCUUUCUCGAGACAUCUAUUCUUCAGAUUAUUACAGAGUUCAGUCUAAGUCAUUGCUUCCAGUCCGUUGGAUGCCUCCAGAAGCCAUCCUUUAUGGAAAGUUUUCUACGGAAAGCGAUGUGUGGUCCUUUGGAGUUGUGAUGUGGGAAGUGUUCAGCUUUGGUCUUCAGCCAUAUUAUGGUUACAACAACCAGGAGGUAAUCGACAUGAUCCGCACCAGACAACUCUUACCCUGUCCAGAAAUGUGUCCACCACACAUGUACGCCAUGAUGGUAGAAUGCUGGCACGAGAUUCCGUCACGGAGACCAUCCUUCCGGGAGCUGCAUGCUCGACUGUGUUCGUGGCAGGCAAUGCACGCUCGGACCCUCAGCGUAGCCCAUUCUGCUAGCACUCACAAUGGAAGUCAGCACAGUAGCACAGGCCCUAGCAACAACACGGGGUCUACCAACUUAAGUAGCAACAUUUCACAAAUGCCAGGCCACAAUAAUGGACAACCUCAAGCCAGAGUUGGCCCCAAAUCUAAACCUUCUCUCAGCACCUGUAAGGAGGGUUUUCCUGUAUACCUGCAAGCUAGGCCUGGAACUCACCUGUCCAAUCCUGUUGCAUCCUCAUCAUCCUCUCCAAUUGCUUCUUACAUUGCUGCUCAAGAUGGGAAAGUGUCGAAUGUGUAAGAAGACAGAAAAGUGUCUAAGAAUUAGCAGUGAAUUGAUAUAAUUCUCGCCACAGGAAAACUAACUUGAGAGUUUCGUAGUUAUGAUAAAGUGUGGUCAUCGCUAGGAACUGUGUGUUUGUGCCUUGUUGUAUCUCUUCUUAACUGCCCUCUUUGACAUUUACAAGAGCAUCCUGGAACCAUUUUGUCCAGCUUCAAGGACAGAAGAAAAUGUAAGAUACUAAUUUGUGGCAACUAGAGAACUUAAUCAAAAAUAGAUCUAUAUGUUACAACAUAGUGGAGGUUAGUAUAUUAAAACUACUGUUGGAAGAAACAUAGAUCUAUAUGUUAGAACAUAGUGGAGGUUAAUAUAUUAA